CGGGGCCGCGGGCGGUCCCCGCGCCCGAGGCGCCCCUCAAGACUGUUCCUUCCCGCCGGUGUUCAGCACCAUCGCUCUUAUUCAGCAGAGGUUUGAGCAGGCCGUGGCUGCCUUCAGCCAGUCUGUGAAGUGGCUCUGUGUGACACCUCCUGGCUUGCCAUAUGGCUCCAUCUCAAAGCCCAGAAUCAUCCUACAGCCCAGGAGGACAGGAGGAACUCAAAUACUGAACGAGUGCCUAGGACCCACUGCUCUGUUUUUGUUGAUGCCAUAAUUUGUUCACGGGAGGUGAAGGAGCUCUGGCUGGAUUCGCUUCUUGGGCAAACAAAAGGACUGAAGGAAACCAGACUGUCCAGAGCUCCUCCAAUCAAACUCCUAAUGAAAGUGUUAAGCAGCUGUAAUACUUCAAAGACGCUAAAUGCUGGGAAUAUGGAGAGUCUGAUUGAGUGCCAGACAGAGGCUGAUGCCAAGAAAUGUCCCCUGUCAGUCCCAGCAGAUACUGAAGACAGACUUUGCCUCUCAAACGCAGAUGGAACAAAGAAAAGAAAGAAGGUGAUAUCGCAGUCAUUUACUCUGAGACAAAGCCUUACCAAAAGAAAUUCCUCAGGACAGCUAGAUUUGGGUACCAAAAUCACUCUGUUUGGCCAUCCUCUGGCACUUAUCUGUGGGGAAGAUGACACGCUGCCCCAGCCAGUCCAGGAUCUCCUGGCCAUAUUAUAUAUGAAAGGACCUUCUACUGAAGGGAUAUUCAGAAAAACUGCCAAUGAGAAAGCACGAAAGGAAUUGAAGGAGGACCUAAACAAAGGCGGGAAUGUUGAUCUGAAAAGCAAAUCUGUGCACCUGCUGGCAGUGGUUUUGAAGGACUUUCUCCGAAAUAUUCCCUCCAAACUCCUAUCAACUGACCUCUAUGAGAAAUGGAUGCAAGCUCUAGAGAAGCCAAGCAAGGAAGAAAAAAUUGAAGAAUUGAAAGCGGUGGCUGACAAGCUGCCGAGACCAAACCUCGUCUUGCUCAAGCUCUUGCUCUCUCUGCUCCACCACAUCAGCCAGAAUGCCCAGACCAACAGGAUGGACUCCAGCAACCUGGCCAUCUGCAUUGGCCCAAAUAUGCUGAGCCCAGGGACGGAGAGCGCGCUCCCGCUGGAAGUGCAGAAGGAGAUGAACGACAAGGUGACAGUGUUGGUGGAGUUCCUCAUAAACAAUUGCUUGGAAAUAUUUGAGGAGGACAUUGCCUUCCCUGCCUGUGCCUUGGCUGAGGAGUCACCAGAGCACACAGACAGCUCCACAGAACAACUCUGUGCAGGUCAUCAGAAUGACUCUGCCUAUGACAGCCCAGAUCCUGAAGCAGAAGGCAGCCCCUGUACCUCUGAGAUGGAGCAGGCCAAAGGGAGGAGUGCUACUGUGAGCAGAAAAUAUCCAACAAAUAUCUCUGCCCCUUCCCUGACUAAUUUCAGAAAUGACAUCAGCACAAUGGACAGGAGGUACUCAGAGUCAGACCUGUCCUUCCAGAACUGCCUUGAUGACACAAUAAGGAAACAAAGACUAAACAAAAGUGAGGACAAUUUUCCAGUUCAGCAGAAACUGCUAUGGAUGGAGGCACUGGAGGAACGUCUUGCAGGCUUACCUUCACAAUUGUCAGCUGACUCUCUACCAAAAACAUCCUCCAGUUGCUCCCUGGAGAGUUCUGAUGGCUCAGUUUUCACCAGCUCCCCAGUAGUUUCACCCUCUAGUCCUAAAAAAACCUUUUUAAAUAGGCCUCAGUCCUUUUCCGUCAAGGCCACUGAAGACUGCAGUACACCUAGCAGAGAGAUCAAAAAACAUUCCAUGUCAUUCUCUUUUGCAAACCGCAGGAAAACACUAAUAAAAACCCAAAGUUGGGGGUCUGGAAAACCCAUGUUUUUUCAGAGGGACAGUUUCACAAAGAAAGAAGAUCACUUCUCCUGCAGAAUUGUCCAGGAGGGCAGCCAUAAUGAUGACAAACCACUGCCUGUGGACUAUCAGCAAAGGCCCCGUCUCAGGUCAGUUGAUGAAGUGUUCAGAGAGGUAGACCAGAAAAACCCUAGAAGACCACCCUCUUAUGAAGAGGCGGUUAAAAACUGCCUGGCCACUACAGUUCCCUCCCAAAAUGUCACGGUUCAGACUCUGAGAUUAGCAGCAUCAAACCAGGAUGUUUUGCUGCCUCAUCCCUGCAGCCACAGUGCACAGGACACAGCAUAUAUGGAUCUGAGGGAUCUACGCAGGGCCAGAGUUUCUGCAACAAAGGAUUCUGACAUGGAAACUGAAACCUUCAGCAUCUCUGUAGGAGUAAACUCCCGUGUGAAUUUACCCGUGACCCCAGGAGUCUACCGGAUGAGAGCCAUGUCUGAGUCCUGUCAAAAGAACAAACUUGAAUAUGUGGCUCAGAGGUGCAGCCAGCCGGUUUUUGAGGUAGAGCAGAUCCAGUAUGCUAAGGAGUCCUACGUUUAAAAAGCCUGUCCUUCCUCUUUGCACUGUACAAAGUAAAUAUUGUAAAAAUAGAUAUCUUGCUAAUCAUUUGUAGGAUUUUACAUUCAAGAGACAAAGAAUAAGCUAGCUCUGCAUGAACUUUUUUUCUGAAGUGUCAGUCAUCUUGACAUGUCACAUCCUUUCACCACAAGUGUUGUUGGUGGUGAAGAUCUGUGUAUCAUUAUGUAAAAAUGUAAAUUAGUAUGUUGUACAUUACCUGUUGUGUGUGAAGAGUAGUUAGAAGAUGAUAAACAGUGUUGUGUUUGUUUUCCUUAAAUGACAAUUAAGGUUGGCAGGUCCAAAACCUGUCUCACCUUCUUUAUGUUUUCUGUAUAGUCACAGACCCUGUACCAUUUUUUGUGUGUGUAUGUGUGCCAGGCUGAUGCAGUGCUUUGCUGAUUUUCUGCAUUAAAUGUGGGCUGGCAGUUACCUUAAUGGGUGAAGAGCUAUUCUGCCAUCUAGGUCACUUCAACACUCUUCCAUAAACCCCCUGUAUGUGCUGCCGUUCCAUCUUCCUGCUUGCUGGUGAUACAAAUGAUCUGACCACUAAGCAGCAUAGUGUUGUACACUGAGCCUGGGGUUAGAGCCCUAUGAGGUCAUUAUGGGAAAGUAUGAAGUAACCCUCAUGUGUCCUGAGGUGCUUUUAGACUAAAUAAACUGGACAGGCAAAGAAAGGAAAAGCAAGAAAGGAAAAGUAAGAAAGAAAGCAGGAAAGAAAAAAGAAACAAAAAUGCCUACAAGGAAAUAUUUUGGAUUCCAGCUUUAAAUAGUUAUAGUUAAUUUAAAAUUAAAAAGACAAAAAAGAAAAUAGUAGAUGGUGUUCUUAUAAACUUGUAAAAAUGACUGGAAGUGCAAUGUGCUUUUAUGGGUCAGUAUAGCCUUAAACCAGAAGCAGGGAGACAUUUUUCUCCUGUGUAACUUCACUACAAUAAAACAUUUUUCUGCAUGAA